GUGUUGUUGAAUGCUGCAUCCGUCCAUGGUGGUUUGGCAAAACAGAAUGAAUGCAUGACAACUAAUUUGACAGAAGUAGCUUCAACAAGAUGGCGUUAUCAAUUGUCAAUAGUUUAUUCUCAAAGCUUGGCCAGUAUACUAUUACAACACCUCGUAUAUCAAUUGCUGUACGGAAACCAGCGUGUAUAAAGUAAUUUUUGGCUCGGAAAGUGUGUAUGACUCAGAAUAUUUAAUUCCAAACAACAGUAAAAUCUAUGCAAAUGAACACCAUCUGAUUAAUCUCAAUACAUCAGUUGAAAAUUUCUCUAGUACUUUUUGUUGACGAUUUAGUGAAAAACGUAGAACGUAGUAAAAAGCGAUACCAUUAACUUGUGUCGGUGGCCUUGGUUUGGUUGGAAUUCAACGUAGUAUGUUGAGGAUUGGCGUUUCGAAAACAGCAGACAAUGUGGGUAACUCCAACGAGGUAGAUGAUCCAUUCAAGUUGAGUGAUGUCAUUGAUGUAAUAGAGACAGAUACCGUAUUGACAGAUCUCGACAAUCCCAUUUUCAGCGGAGAUCUAUCUGAACCAGUUCCUUCUACAACCUUCGGGGAAGGACAAGGAUUGGUUCUUCAACCCCGACCAGCGAUACCUACAGUGCCGAAUAACCUUGGGGCAGUCCCAAAGGGGGGAAGAGGGGUAAAACAGCUGCAAGAUGAAUUUGGUACUGGGAACGGAGAAGGUAUACUGAUUCCGGAGCUUAUGAUGACGACUCCGGUUACCCAUCAACCGAAAAGGUAAAUAUCAGUUAUUAUUAUUA